AUGUCAGGGAGUCUACCAGACGCUGAUAAGGGUUACGUCCAAGGUAGAUUGGAGAUGCUGGAACGGCGACUUGAACGUGCCAAGGAUUUGAGAGUAGGUUCCCAACACUUUAAUACUACGUUUUAUUAGGAAAACUACCUCGAAGAAAUGAAAGCUCAACAUCCUGAGGUUUACAAUGCAAGAAGUCGGCUUGAAGCCGAAGAAGUGGAGAGAAGAUCGGCCCAGAGAGUUCCCAAAAUGUCUUCAGAAUCUCAAGAAAUCCUUGAUGAAUCCAUAAAUCUUUUCCAGAAUCGUCCAUCAUUGAUGAGGCGAUUGGAGACCGCUCAAUAUUUCUGGAAUGACCAACAGAAGGAUGAGUUGUAUCAGAAAAAGGCUCUUCCGGUCAACGAUCCCAUUCCCAGCGGCUUAGUUUUGAAUUCGGACAUGAAGAAUCUCCAGGGUCGCUUGAAGAAAAUCGGUGAUGAAAUCCGCGGUCUAAGAGAGUACCGAUUAUCAGCGACCACUUCAGACUAUCUUGGGUGGGUUUUCCUUAUCCUUCGCAAUCGCUUUCAGUACAAUAAAUCCCUCUUCAUUCGACUCCAACACUUCUCCAGAACUCCCUUCUCUCGUCGAAAUUCGUCAUCGUAUUUUACAAAUGGAUACGAAUAUUGAAAAGAGAGCGCGAGAAAUGCUGACAAAAGCCAAUCUUCAACGACAUUUGAUGAGAAAACAGGCCAAUCAGACGUCUGAUAUUGUACUUGAAGAUCCGAUGAAAUUCUUGACGGAAAAGUUGGGAUUCAUGGCCAGGGUUCAGGAGGAUCAUAAAGUCACAGUAACCGAGAAAGAUGGGGAUAAAGUUCAAAGCCAAAACAAUCCCGAGAGCGUCAACAACGAGAGGGAUCGGACAGAAAUAAGAGAACCGAAAGAAGAGAAAAACGACGAACUUCAACCUCAGAUUGCACCCUCAAGGAAUCUGGUGUUCGGAGAUCAACUCAAAAAGGGUAAUUUUAUUUUUUAUUUGAUUGAUGUUUCUUUCAGCAUCAGAAGCAUCAUCUUACAGUAAGAUGUUGAGUAUUUUGAAGGCGCCGCAGAGUAAUGAUACUUCCGAAGAUGAGGACCAAUUACCUUCAAAAAGGUAGGCUAAAAUAUUAUAUGAUGAUGUAAUUUACACGGUAAUAGGACAAAGUUAUACGUGUUAACUUUUGCCCUCACGGAAAGGGCAAAACUUUAGUCUAAACGCGUUUCUCUGUCUGAUUGCUCUCUGCAUUUUGCAUACUCUCUCGUGGACAAAGGUGGUUGUAUAUAUAUUGACUUCCGCUACAAAAAGGAAGCUAAAAUUUAGAGAAGAUUUGCAUGUGGCUUAGGCACAAUAUGUAUGCAAAAUUUGAAGAAUGUUGCCACACUUGCAGCAAGCACUUCUAAUAAUGAUGGUUUAUAUAAAUUGUCAUCCAUAAUUUUAGUGACAACAAGCCCUUCAUCUCCCAAGUGGCUCAACCGACUCGUCCAACAUUCCAGCCUCCGCCAUUCCCUGUUCAAGAACCUCCGAAGAAGAUUACGUUAAAGGAUCAGGAUUUUGACUCGGACUCUGACUUCUUCCGAUAG